AUGUCCUACUCUUUGACAAAACAGCUUCUCGCCUCAGACGAGCAAGCUUACAAGAAAGCAACCCAGUCAGAAUUCCUCCGUCUGGCAGGCAAUGGCAAAGCUUCAAAAGACAUCCUAGGCCGCUGGCUCGCAAAUGACCGUCUCUACAUCCACAGCUACUGUCGCGGUCUCGGUCGUCUGCUCAGUUUUCUCCAGUAUCCUGAUACAGUACAGCAGAAUGUAAAGCCCGACUCUGCAACACAACUUCUGGAUUGGAUUGUCGCUGCUCUUGUGAAUAUCCGCCGAGAGGAAAAGUUCUUUAUCAACACGGCUUUCGAGUACGGUAUCAACAUCAACCUCGAAACCAAGGACGGAAAGGUUCAGUCAAGUACCAAACUCGAAGGUCUUCGUCGUUGGGAAGCUCUGUACGCCUCUGUAGCGCCUAACGAAAAGGAUGUGCUUCCUUGGCUUGAAGCUGCUGUGAUCUAUUGGGGAACGGAAAAGUGCUAUUUGGAUGCUUGGUCGUGGGCAAAGGCGCAGCUUGAUGAUAGUGAUGGAACCAAUGAUGCUGAUGGUGGAGCUGUGAGGAAGGAGUUCAUUAACAAUUGGACUUGUAAGGAGUUUGUUGACUUUGUGGAUGACCUGGGAAAGAUCAUUGAUGAUGCUGUUGCAAAGGUUGUUGAGAAGGGUGAGGAUAAGGAGAAGCUGUUUAAGAGGGUUCAAGGGAAGUGGCAUGAUGUUUUGGAGGCAGAGGAGGCUUUCUGGCCAGCUGUUUAA